AUGAAGGAUGGGUUGUUUUUAAAUCAGAAGAAAUACAUUGAAGAUCUUCUGGAAAAAUGUGGCUUUGGAAAUGCAAGAAGUUUGCCAACACCAAUGGUGAGCAGCUGCAACUUAUCAGCCAAUGAUGGCAGUCCAAUUCAACAAGUAACAGAGUACCAAAGUAUAGUCGGUGCAAUACAAUACAUAAUAAUCACUCAACCAGAAAUUGCAUAUGCAGUAAACCAAAUUUGUCAGUUCAUGCAGUCUCCUUUGUAUCUUCAAUUCAAUGCAGUAAAACGGAUUCUACGAUACUUACAAGGCACAAGUGAUUAUGGUUUGAAGUUUCCUAAUAAUUCUCACUUGUCUAUAACAGGGUUUGCCGAUGCAAAUUGGGCUCAGAUAUUGAUGAUAGAUGAUCCACUACUGAGUAUUGCAUCUAUUUCGGAGGUAAUCUUGUAG